CGUAGGAGGCGUAUCGUCGGCUCCCGGACAGUGUUGAAUAUAAACAAUCAGAAGCGCAGUUGGCGGAUUUUUGAAGCACCGAGUCGUGAAAUCGAUUUCUCUCCGACCACCGCUAAUCCAUCGCGUAGGGUUCGGUUCAGAAAUUGAUCACUUUUUGGCGUUUUCCCGUCCGAGCGGUAACAAAGAAGGGGUGCAAUGGAGAUUCCAUUCACCCUGCGGGUGAGCGUGUCGUCGGACCAGGGAGGAAGGAAGUAUAUGGAGGAUGUUAUCCAGAUAGUAGUGGGACCGGAGCCGGGGGAGGACGAGCUGCCUUGGUCGGAGGAAGAGGAAGGGACACCGGCUAAAAACUGCAGGAGUGAGAACAGGCAGACUGUUGCCUUCUUCGCUGUUUAUGAUGGACAUGGGGGUCGGGAAGCAGCCCACUUUGCUCGGGACCAUCUUUGGGCUCAUAUCCGCAAACAGAAAGGCUUCCUGUCCCGAGAUCCCGAGGAAGUGUGCGGCGCCAUCCGCAAGGGCUUCGUGGCUUGUCACCAUGCGAUGUGGAAAAAGCUCCCUGAAUGGCCUAAGACCAUGACCGGUCUCCCGAGUACAUCUGGAACCACAGCCACUGUAGUUAUUAUCAGAGGCAAUAAGAUGUAUGUGGCUCAUGUGGGAGACUCGGGUGUUGUGUUUGGACUGCAGAAUGGCUCAAGAGACUCUCUGAAGGCUGUAGAAGUGACACAGGACCACAAGCCUGAGCUUCCACGGGAAAGAGAGAGAAUUGAAGGCCUUGGUGGCAGUGUUAUAAACAAAUCUGGAGUAAACAGAGUGGUGUGGAAAAGGCCUCGUUUGACACACAAUGGACCUGUAAGAAGAAGCACAGUCAUCGAUCAAAUUCCAUUCUUGGCUGUGGCUCGGGCCCUUGGUGACCUGUGGAGUUAUGAUUUCUACAGUGGCGAGUUUGUGGUGUCACCUGAACCAGACACAAGCGUGCACACUAUUGAUCCCCAGAAGCACAAGCUCAUUAUUAUAGGCAGUGAUGGUCUCUGGAAUAUGGUGUCUGCACAGGAUGCUAUAUCUAUGUGUCAGGAGCAGGAGAAAGCCUGUGCAACUGGAGAUCAUGGACAGACGUGCGCAAAGACGCUUGUGAGUCGAGCUCUGACCCAAUGGCGACAACGCAUGCUGAGAGCUGAUAAUACCAGUGUUGUUGUGAUCUCCAUCUCUCCCCUGACAGAAAAGCCAAGGAGCUGUGUGGGUGAGGAGCUGUUCCUAAACCUGGCUGAGAAUCCCUGCUAUAAUAACCAGGACAUGAGUAACUUGUCUUCCACACCAUGCUCCACUCCUCCUAUCAAGUUCCUAGAUGAAGAUUCUUGGUGGAAGCUGACCUUCUCUGAACCCCUUCCAUCUCUAGUAUACAGGAGUGCUUUCUCCUCCAAGUGUGAAAAAUGGAGCAGUGAGACAGGAAAAUGUAGGGCUGACAUUUCUUCCCCAACCCUUGGGGAUGUGGAAAAGUCUGAAUCGAAAGGCAAACUUUCCCAGUGGCCGAGUGACAAUCCUUCUACCUGUCUUUUCCCUGGCAGUUCUCCAGCUGCUAGCUCUGAUGGCAAAACAGCAACAGUUCAAAAUAGCAGCCAGACUAGGAAGAAGGAAACGGAAAGGUUGGCCUCCUUGAAACGGACUCUGGAGGAAUCGAACAGUGGACCAGCAGUGAAGAAACUCAAGAGAAACUUCCCUAGGAAUAGCAUGGUGCCAAUAGAGAGCCCAUCCACCACGCCAAAACGCAGAAGUGCGGACAGAGUGACAAUGAGGCGCAGCCUUAGAGGGCAGAAGAAACUUGGACAUCCUUUGUUACAGCAGCACCGAAAAACAAUAUGUGCCUGUUAAGAUGUUCAUUUUGAUUUUGACCCAUGUUUCAUAAUUGACUAAUUGUUGCAGACCUCAUACAUUCAAGCUCAAUAGCGUAAUAUCUCUUUUUACAUGAAUAUUGCUUCCUCUGUGUGUUUAUUUUUUGUCACUUCACAUACAGAAUAUUUUCCGUUUAAAGAUGCAGCCAGUCAGCAGUGCUGAGAUACUUUACACUUCCGGUAUUUGGGUAAUGUAGUUACAUUAAGCCAAUCAAGUGUCUUUCUCUAUUAACUGUUGCUGAAGCAUACUUUUUGUUUUUCAUUUUUAAAUCAAACUAGAGAAAUAAGGACCACCAGACUUCCAGGUAUACUGUGUAUACAACUACAUUAUCAAAACAUUUUUUCAUUAUUUAUAUUUUGAUGUUGUUUUUGUAUACAUUUUUAAAAUGUUUUCAUUUACUAAACCCCGAAAACACCUUUAAAUGCAUUUAUUUAAAGCCUUUCAAGAAUAUUAGAAAAUGAGUUUUUCUGUGCAGUGAUCUUGUUACAGUUUUAACUGAAGAAGUGAGAGGAAGCCUCUAUCAUACUGCACAAAUACACCCAAUUUUCUCCUGUCUACUUAUGAGUGACUGGGGCAUAACAUAUUCAGUAAUUGAGGAACACUUGAUUAUGAAUGAAAAUUAUAUGUAUAUAGAUACUUUAAAAGUAAAAUUUUCCCAAUAUACAUCUACUAAUUGUAAUGAUUUCUCAUAGGGAGAAUGAAAAAUAAAAGUGAAUCAUUCAUUUUCUCUUAGUGGCCGUAAAUUAACUAGCAUAUGUUAUUGCGUGCACAGAACUUCCUCUGUGUAUGUGGACAUGCAGGUAUAGGGAACUAGUUUCUGGAAUCCUGGGAGCUAGAGUUUGGGUUGUUGUCAUGGUGUUCUUUAACAGAACCUGCUUGCUCUCUUUGCUGUCAUUCUCUCAGAUACACAGCCCGCAAUCCAUCAGUGAGUAUGUGAAGCUAAAAAAACUGAAGCUGUACUGUGAGAGGUUUAUUUUACAUGAAAAGAAAGAGCAAGUGCAGCUGAAUGGAGAGCAAUUUCAAACAAUAAAAUAAGCUACUGUCCUUUUAAAUGUUCUCAGCUGACUAUAAGAACCUCACUGGUAGCUUUGAAGUGGUCUCAGGGAAUUCAAGUUCUGUGCACACAGUAAAUAAUGCUGUGAUAUGUAACAGUCUAUAAAUGGGAAAUGUAUAAAUAAAAGCCAUUUUUUCAGUAUAUGAAGCCCUUAAAUUCUAAAGGAUUGAUUUUUUUAUAAUUAGGCAAUUUAAAAAGAUCAUUCAGACACAAAUUAUGAAAAUGCAGCCUGAAUUGACUGCAAUGUUUAAAGGAGAAUUGCUGCUCAAUGGAUAAAUUUUAUCAUUGUAGAAAUCCCUUUUACAUUUGUAUCCCCCCCACCUAAAAUCUGUAACAGUGGUUUGUUCCCUUGUCUCUUAUUCAUACUUCUUUCGCCAUGUCAGAUGAAAUGAAAUACGUCAUCAUGAACUCCCACACAGGAACCCACCCAGUCUUUGCAUUGGUAUAGGUAUGUGACUAGUACAGAUCUGGGUUUAGUACACACCAAUUUAUAACUGUCCUUGUUUUGUAGAUAGCACAAACUGAUGUAUUUAUCAUUUUUAAAUUAAUUAUUCUGAAUUUUCUACUUUAUCUUUAUGCCAGUGUUUCAUUAAAAACGUCUAUUUUCAUAAAAGCACAUGAUACAAAGAACAACGCACAACUUUGAUUUCAUAAGCUAGAAUCUGCAAAACAUUUGAUUUAUUCAAUUUAAAAUGGGUUUCCUUUCUCAUUUGUGUUCUGCCAAGUAGCACUGUAAAAUAUUCUGUGGAUUAAGAGGCAUUGGCAACUAAUGGUUAACUGGUAGGUGCCUAGUAUGAUUGACAGCUAUGCAAAUAUAUGGCACAGCUAUGGAUUGCAGGUUUUCAUCUCUAGAUGAAAAUGUGACCAAUAUGGUUUAUUUUAGCUCCACUUCAAAUCUGGCACAUUUUUUAUUUUUAAAUUUCCAUUCACAGGAUAAUUUUUACGGGUACAACACUGUGUUACUGCCAUGAUUGGACAUACACCUGUUUUCAUACUGCAGACAUACAGUAUGUUAAAUCAAAUUGUCUAUAAAACAUUAAUUUUCCCAUUUUGCUCACAUAUUAGAAAAGAAAAAGGGUGACCAUUAAAUAAAAACGCCCUUAAUAAUGUCUAAAUUUGUCCCAUUAGCCGUGCUUGAAUUUAAACUCCCCAUAUUCUGUCUGGGGCUGGAAGUUGUUGUUGAAUAUAAGAGGGCAUAUUUAUUAAGGUUCCAUUUAAAAAAAAAAAGUUUCAACUUGGGAAGAAAAACAGAAUUUUAACAAAUAUGUCCCCUAUGUAAUGUUAAUGUAACACCUACCUAACUAGAGCAAUUUUCCAUACUCAGAACACAGCAGGCAUGAGCCUAAGGUUAUUUUGGUGAUGCUGUCUAAUUCAAUUGUGCAUAAAUCAAAAGGUUUAUAAUAACUUGGGAAUAUGGCAUCACUUUUCUAUGCAUUUACUUUGUGAUUAGAAACAAUGUUAAGCUACAAUACAGUUUCUUGCUCUUUGAAUUGUUGGCAAAUGACACUGCCUUGCCUCCCCAACAUGCAACCAGUGCUUUGUAUUCAUGCUGCAAAACAUCAUUUCUCAAGUUAUUUUGUUCUUGGGCGCAAGAGAAAACAGACUGCAUUGUUUUGUAUACCUUCAGUACAGUUGUUCAUCUUGAAUAAAGAUCAUGAUUUCAUAUUAAUGGCAGCCUCCACUAUUUUUUUUCUUUUAAUAAAAAUGCCCU